CCCUGGAGUCAGGCAUGUGAAGUUAAGAGUGCGUUUGUGAAUGGUUCUUCAAAAUCGCUGUGUUCCUGCUACCCAGCUUUAUUGUUCUCCUAGGACAUACAUAGGUUUGGUGGGAUCUGGUUGUCUGAGAAAAGUGAAAAGGUGUUCCAGGACACUGCAGUGCGAGAUCAUAAAGGGUGCCCUGGCAGUUUGUUACUCUGCAACAACAUAACAAUGACAACUGUGCCUUCAGCUGGCUGCCUUUUAGCCAAGAACCAGUAUUACAGAACACGAUUGAAUUCUGAAUCCAGUGUUUCUUCAAGCAGUUCAUCUUGCUCUUCUGAUCCCAUGCCAUUCUCAGACCAGGAAAAAAAUCAUCAUGGCCUACCUGAAAUAUUUGAAAAGUGCUGGUGGAUAAAAAGCUUUUUUCAUAGUGAGCCAACACCUCCAAAUGUAGGCAGAAAAACCUUAUCAGCCAGCAGUACUAACAGCUGAUUGGGAUAUCAAGUUGAAAGUUCCUGCUGGGACAUUAUAGACAGUCAUGUCUUGAAAUGAAUUCCCUUCUGUGAAGAAAAUGAACUACUUGAGGAUUCAGUUGUAGAAGAAAUACAGAUUAUCAAGGAUUUAAUCAGAGCUUAUUCAACAAGCAACCACCUUUACAGUGUCUGCUGCAAGAAUUCUUGAUAAUGAACAGGUGUCCUAUAUUUCAUAAUUUUUGUGUUUCACAAGAGAAAAUGCAAAUGCAAAGUGUAGUGGAAUAUGGUAUAUCUGAUGAUUUGGGAUAUCUUUUACUAAACUGAAAUGCUGUAGAUUUUUU